GAAAGAGAACACAAACCAGGCUCUAUCUUUCUCCUCUAUCAGACCUCAUCGACGACCCUUUGCUUCCCCUCCCUCACACUAACCUUCAGUGUGUAGAAACUUUUUGCUCUAACACAGUCCCAGCACCAACUGAGACCAAAGAGGAUGGCUACAUCAACGUGGAGAAUGAAUGGACUCUACAGAAAGAUGACUCAAUCUCUGUUUCUCUGCACUCUGGUCCUUAGCAGUGUAGUGAUAUGUCAAGACCAAACCACCGCCUCUACCAAAACACCAAGUGUCAGUAACGAGACAAACGAAACCUCCAUUGAUUCCCUGAUUACUUCAAUAACCAAAAGUUUGGCUUCCGGUAACGACAGUGCGUUUUGGUUUCUCACGGCAGAACCGCAAAUGGAUGAAGAAAACACCAUCAAUGAUAAUACAAUGGUGGGAAGUACUAAAAGUCCAUCACCAUCAUUACAUUUAUCACCAUCAUCAUCAUCAUCAUCAUCAUCAUCGUCGUCGUCAUCAUCAAAUUCCUCUGUGUUUGUGGGACUACUUGUCAGUGGUCUGCUUGCUGCCCUUGGAAUCACUGUGGGUUAUUGCUAUUGCCAACGCAGGACUGACACCAAGGCAGUGAAGCUGACAGAUGAGACCUAUCCAGCAGAUCAGGAGAACCAGGGGAGCACUCUUGCUUCUGUAGCCCCCCUCAUCCCCACUCCCGAGACCCAGGAGAAACCCAGCGUAAAUGGAGAGUCCCCCGAGGCAGCAAAGACCCAACCUCCUCCACCUACCAACGGCCACUCCACCACCAAGACAGCAGACACUGAGCUGUGAAAUAGUCCAAAAUGAAUUGAAUCCCAGAAACUACCCAUCUAUACACACAGACACGUCUGAUGAAAACACAUCUUUGUUUCAGAAUUCACUCCUGCCUAAUCACACAGAGGCCACAGAAAUGUGGACUUUAGGGACUACAGCAAUCCCUUACAUAAACACUCCUGUUGUUAUAUGGUCCUGUUACCUGCUCUUUUAGCUACGUGCCUCAAAAAAAAUCAGGAAAACUAGUCUGAUGAUGACAAUAAUGGUAGAGAUGAAUGAUGCUGAUUAAUCACGACGAAGACUCGGUUCCUGGGUUUUGAUGGCAGUCAGGAAGGAGAAGAAAGACAGGAGAUGGGCAGUUCUGGGUGUGAAAAGACUAUAAUGUUAGUAUUAACCACAGCUUGCUACCAUGAUGACUGCAGCCUCUGGAGUCACAGCAAUGUGCUGUCCACUUCAGCAGAGGCUCUGCCUGUCAUCUGGUUUAAUGCUCCAGCCAAUCAUCCAACUGAAAACACAGCUAAAGCACCUAAACAACACGUGUCCUUACAUUAAUGUAAGACCAUAACAGACAGACAGGAACUAACUUACACUGCCUUGAAAUCUGUUUACAAGAAUACAUCUUGUAUUCUUAACGUGCGUAGGUGGUUGAAAGUGUGUGUGUGUGUGUGUGUGUGUGUGUGUGUGUGUGUGUGUGUGUGUGUGUGUGUGUGUGUGUGUGUGUGUGUGUGUACUAUGACAUUUUGCAUGAGUGUAUUAACUUGCAUCUGUACUGUGCAUUGACUGUAUAUAUCCAUACAUGCAUCUACGCUUAUCCUCCUUAUUGUACUGUAUGUACAUAUGUGUGCUUCAUGGUCAUUUUGAUCAGUCAUGUCAGUGAUCGAUAAAUCUUAACCGCAUGCGACAGCCAUGAAAAAUGUAGAAAUUUGUAAAAUGAUGGCUAACCAAGUUGUGGACAAUCGCCAUGGUGAAGCAAAACGAGUAUUGACAUUUAAGUCACACCAUGGCAUUAAUCACGAAGCCAAAAGGCCUCUUUACUCACUGUUUGACCAACAAACUCACAAGGACUUUAGACACAGAGCCUCCUUAUGUCACCUCUGCCCAUCUAUUUGUUAGUAUUAUUCUCUGUCCAGUACUGUAUAUACUUGUUUUUAUUCUGUGUAUCCAUACUUGUAUUGUUCAUUCUAUGUGCCAAGAUCUUCAUUUUAUAACUUUUAUUGUGUUUAUAUACUUCUCCCAUCAUCAUGAUAUUUUAUCUAGGUUAUAUGACAAAGAAAUAUAUUUAGAAAUGAAUCAAGUUCAGCAUCUAAUGGUCCAAAUAUGCCUUUUUUUAAUCCUAUAAAUACAGGUAACAUCAGUUUUCCCUGACAUGCCUAAUAACAAUAACAAUAAUGAUAAUAACUUUGAAAACUUUGAUAUCAAACUGGAAUGUCCUGCAUUCAUUGUUCUUUUGAUCCAUCUUGUAUCGUACCAUUAUCACAUCAAUAUUUCAGUGUGACUAUUUAAUUUCACUAGCACUCUGUAGUUAAAAUGGGAUUUAACAUGAAAAAAAAACCUAAAUAAAUAACACUGUAUAUGUU